UCUUUCCCUGGCAAGCACCCCUCGCUAUGGAGCUAGCGGCCGGGAACCUCAGCGAGGGGAACGCGAGCGAGCCCGAGGCCCCCACCGCAGAGCCGAGGCCGCUCUUCGGCAUCGGCGUCGAGAACUUCAUCACGCUGGUGGUGUUCGGCCUGAUCUUCGCACUCGGCGUGCUGGGCAACAGUCUGGUGAUCACCGUGCUGGCGCGCAGCAAGCCCGGCAAGCCACGCAGCACCACCAACCUGUUCAUCCUCAACCUGAGCAUCGCCGACCUGGCCUACCUGCUCUUCUGCAUCCCCUUCCAGGCCACGGUGUACGCACUGCCCACCUGGGUGCUGGGCGCCUUCAUCUGCAAGUUCAUCCACUACUUCUUCACCGUCUCCAUGCUGGUCAGCAUCUUCACUCUGGCCGCGAUGUCGGUGGACCGCUACGUGGCCAUCGUGCACUCGCGGCGCUCCUCCUCCCUGCGGGUGUCCCGCAACGCGCUGCUGGGCUUGGGCUUCAUCUGGGCGCUGUCCAUCGCCAUGGCCUCGCCGGUGGCAUACCACCAGCGCCUCUUCCACCGGGACGUCAGCAACCAGACCUUCUGCUGGGAGCAGUGGCCCAACCAGCGCCACAAGAAGGCCUACGUGGUGUGCACCUUCGUUUUCGGCUACCUGCUGCCGCUGCUGCUCAUUUGUUUCUGCUAUGCCAAGGUCCUUAAUCAUUUGCAUAAAAAGUUGAAGAACAUGUCAAAGAAGUCAGAAGCAUCGAAGAAAAAGACGGCGCAGACGGUUCUGGUGGUGGUGGUGGUUUUUGGGAUAUCCUGGCUGCCGCACCAUGUCAUCCACCUCUGGGCUGAGUUUGGAGUCUUCCCACUGACCCCUGCUUCCUUCUUCUUCAGAAUCACGGCCCACUGCCUGGCGUACAGUAAUUCCUCGGUGAAUCCCAUCAUAUAUGCAUUUCUCUCUGAAAAUUUCAGGAAGGCCUACAAGCAAGUGUUCAAGUGCCACAUUCGCAAUGAAUCUUCUCUCAAUGAUAAUAAAGAAAAUAAAAGUCGAAUGGACACCCCACCAUCAACCAACUGUACUCAUGUGUGAGAAGGGUACAGUGAAAUACUUUAUUGUGGAGUUCCCGUGGAUGUGGAUCAGACACACACAAUGAGGUGAUACGCAAGGCUGCGACUUGUUAGCCUAACAAUGAUUCAUAUUAUUUUAAUUAAAUUCCACUUGUGUUUAAGAGUACUUUGAUCCAUUUAUGAAAUCCCUAGGUCUAGUGAAGAUUAUUUCUAAAUUUUAUUUUAUUUCUAAAUUAUAUUUCAAAGACAAAAGAAAAUACUAUAUAGUUUUAUACUCUACAGAAAUGAACGUUUCAUAGAAUUCCACAGGCAUGUUCAAUUCUUCGUUCAGUAAGGAAAAAGGACCUAUAAAUAUGGUCAGAAAUACUUGCGAUCUACAUUCUGAAACAAAUUUAUUUAGAAAAAGCAUUUAUGCAUUAGUUCUUCAAUUUCAAGAAAAGGAGUACUAUUAUAAGCUAUAUGUUUUAGAAUAUGAUUGUGGACACACAAAGUUUUCCCUGAAUUUUAUUUUUGUGGCUAUUUAUGCAGAGAUAUCUAUUAACUGAAAACACAACUCUGCUAAGUUCCUUUGCACAGGGCACACUUCCUCCCAGUUGUGAACAGUGUACAGGCUUCAGCGGGUGUGCGGCGUCCAGGUGUGAUGGUGAGGUCUGCGAUGUUUGUCUCAGGAGGCCAACGCAGUGUUGCAGCAGUGGCUCCAGGGCAUUAGUUGUUGGAGCUGUCGAUUAGAAACCGUCCUGUGAGCUCAGGCUUUGUAGAGUUGACUAAAAAAAAUCAGGAAGCAGUGCCAAGUGCAACUCGUCUAGUAGCAGAAGCUGUGAAUGAGGCUUUGAGAAAGAAACUGGGCAUUAAAAUUGCUUAUCUACUUGGUCAAGGUAUUAGCUAUGCAUUGGAUGGAACUUAUCCAAAAGAGAGAUUAAAAAAAAAAAUCAGUGAAGGUAGACGUCGAUGGUCAAUGUGUAGAUGAUCAUUUCUAUGGGGCCAAAGACUAGUCAGAAUUCAGGAAGUCAUGUGGCACACAAGGAAAGCACUAAACAUUUGAUUCAGAUGUUUGAAGAAAACAAAUCUUGUGAAUGGAUAUAUCUAGAGAUAUCUUAUCUUGUAAACAAGUGCUUUUUUCAUUAAAUCUGUAAUGCUGUGUAAUGCACAUUUACCCCAAAUAAUAUUCUCUCUGAAAGUGUUAAUUUUGGGUUAAAAUCAUCACAACUUGAGUUUCAAAUGUAGUUUUCAUGACAAUCUCAUAUUUAUUCAUGUUUACAAGGAGAAAAUGGUGUGAAAAGAUUAAAUUAUCCUAUACUGGAAAAUAAUUUCCAGACUGCAAGACUUUGCUAUAUUUUAGAAGGAUACAAAAGCAAGAUCUUGAAGAAAAGGAUUUUGUGUAAUGUACAGCUGUGUCAAAUCAGGACUCCAUAUGAAAUAUCAAAUUUUAAAUCAACAAACAAACUCACUGUAAGUCUUUGCAUGUUAAAUUCUCUGGCUCAUCACUUAUUUUCACUGAUGAUAUUCCUUCACCAAACAGUGUUUACAUUUGCGAUGGUAUAAAUAGCUCUCUGGACAGAAUAGGAGAAAAUUGUUAGAGAGGAUGGGAAGUCAUGAGCUUUCACGUUUUGUGGCUGAGGAAAGAAGUGGUGUAUAUAUAUAUGUGAAUAUUUUAAAGAACAGCGUAAGUCUUUUGCACAGAAAUUUUCUGCACGUUAUUCAAAUAGAGCAGCAGAAACAUUUUAUCCUGUCAAUGAUACCUCAUGUGCUUUGUGGAAUGCGAAGUUGCCAUCCCCGACCCCAGAAUGACUUCUCUGUGUGGACUCCCACGUCGGUUUGAUGAGGUGCCCCCCGGUUGCCUUUGUACUUCCAUGGAUGCAAACGAUUUUCUUCACCGUGAAUGACCCCUUGUUUUCCUCUUCUGAUUCCUAUGCACAUACACGGAAGUAUUGAAAAAAAUACAAUAGCUGAUGCUGCUAUUUUCUAAGAAGCAUAUUGAAAACGUGCUUCAGCAUGAUGUAUUACCCAUGUUAUUCCUCCAGUUCCUCCCGGAGCAGUUGGCAUGAUGGAAGCUAGAGGCACAGCACCAAAGUAAUAACUGGAACCUGCAAAACCCCAACUUUGCUGAGUGUGUAAAUGCAAAUUGCUACGUUGUAUAGUUAGAUAGGAUGGGCCUCCUGCCCUCCUCUUUUAAUCAGUUCCUCUCAUUCAGAGUUUAGGGUGUCUACUUCUACGGCAGAUUUUGAUACUGAUGAUAACUUAUGUCCUGCAAAGAUGGAAACCUAUAUGAAGUUUUCUGAAUGAGGAGUUCCAGCAGAAGUUGUAACAGACUUCAGUUACCCGGAGAAGUGCUGGGGGAUGCUCUGCGUUGGCCCAGCGUCUGCUGCCCAGGUGGGUGUUUUCCUGGUGUAUAGUUAAUGUGACAAAUUCAGAAGCACCUUCUCUUCCUUCAUCAAAUAAAGAAGGCCUCCCAAACACACGCCUUUUCCCCCGGCAGCCAGACUAAUGGAGAAAUACCGUGCGUGCCUUUGAAGUCGUGAUGCUUGAAAACCAUGUUUUUCAGUGAACUUCAAAAAAAAUUGAUGCAUUCUCCUCAGAUUUGGCUGCCUCAGGGCAGGUGGACCUUUUCUGGGCUUUUUGCUGUCACAUAGGGAGACAGGCUCUGGAACGUUUAAAUGGCUGAAAUGCUUACUCUGUCACAGGGACAGGCAACAAUUUCAGUUUCUUACUGAUGAAUAUAGUGACGUGGUUGGAAAGACUUUCUUGUCCUGUAUUCCCAGGAGAUUUCUUAAAUAGAUUCUCUCUCUGCUAUUUUGACCAUGUAUGUGCUCAGCGACCUCCCCAGGCCUGGGGCCGUUUUCUGAACAUUUUAGGUAAAUACUUGUGCUUUUAAUGAAAUCCUUCUACUGCACAUGUUGGAAAUGAACCAUUUCCUUCUUCCCUACCCUCAACCUCUAGUGCUUCUAUCGUAACUUGCUUGUAUCCAGAAUUCCUCAUUCUUGUGUUUACCAUAGCAGAAUUCCUCCUUCAUCUCGGAUAUAAGGAGUUAGAGUGGGGAGGAGGGUGAGGGCUGAACUGCAUGAGUCGUGCAAGGCUAAGACCUUGUGUGACUCAACCUGAAAUUGGGAUAUUGCAAAUGACCGCGUUUGCUUGCUGUCUCAGAUGCACUGAGACAGUGCCGUGAUCAUUCCCAUAUGUUAACUGAAACCCAGGGUCCAGCUUCUUCUGGGCAGGAGACGGCAACUUAUCUAAGCACCCAUUUCCUUUCCACAGGUGGCCGUAGACACCUGUAACCCUGAAACGCUUGUGUCGAAGCAGCAGUACAUUGAGCAAAAUAAAGCAUUGUUUAGCUUCACCAUGUUCUUACUUAAAAGGAUUUACUAAGUACAUCUAUAUAAACUACAUAGUAGGGUAAAUUGGGUAAAUAUAUCAAUGUGGCUACUUCCUCUGGCAACUUAUCCUCUAAUAUUUGUAAACUUCGAUCAGUGCUGGUUGUAAAUAUCUCCCAGGUUUUAUAUUUGUCAGUGACUUUCUUUUUAAGGUAAUCAAAUUUUUUGACCUUUAAAAAAAUGUGCAUAUUACG